AUGUUUGUUUUAUUUAAAAGACCAACGAUUGGUGCGGGCGUCCUGGUAGCCACAAGCGCAGUUCGGUGGGAGAAUGGCUAGCUAUUUUAAUAGCUAUGAUAGCUAGAUCUACCAGCCGAGGGUUUUGGCUACCGGUGUGACAUACCGGUACCAAUGGCAGCACAUACAUGUACAGCCCAACAAUUUUCCAUACCGCAGCUGACUAUUAGCUAUUAGCUAUUAGCUAGCCUUGCCGCAACUACACAUCAUAACUGCACUACUAGCUAGUAUGAAUACAAAUAUAUAUACUGCUGCUAAUAAUGAAAGUACUACCAGUACAGAGUCUCCUCUUCCAGUGGACGAUGAUUUGAUUUGGAUCCAAGGCAUUCUAUCGUUUGUUGGCAUUGGACAGUACGCUUUUCUAGGAGCUGUCAACAAAAAGAUGAAACAACUGUACAAAGAGUACUGCAAAAUUGAACUCAACAAAAAUCCAAGAGAGGUAACGGUUUUCUCGCACGAUGACUGGAUUGAUCAUUAUCGCUCUGCAGAAAUCACUGAUACUCUUUACAAGGAAGCAUUCUGUAACCAGCCACGCGCAGAAUACUGGCUCAGGGACAAUUCCACCAACAAAACACCUCAUCCUAAUAGUGUUUGCUAUGCAAUUGCCAAAAUUGGAAACAUUAUGGUCAUGCAGUGGGCACUCCAACAAGGAUUCUUUUGGAAUGAAGAGUCGUGCUUUCAUGCUGCUGAAAAUGGCCAGUUGGAAAUGCUCCAAUGGUUAAGAGAGAAUGGUUGUUCAUGGGAUGAAAGGACAUUCAAUUAUGCUGUCCGAGCUGGACAUUUGAAAAUUGUCCAAUGGUUAAGAGAGAUAGGUUGUCCAUGGGAUGAAGAGUCGUGCUUUGAUGCUGCUGAAAAUGGCCAUUUGGAAAUGCUCCAAUGGUUAAGAGAGAAUGGUUGUCCAUGGGAUGGAGGGACAUGCAACGUUGCUGCUGAAAAUGGUCAUUUGAAAAUUCUCCAGUGGGCUCGGGCAAAUGGUUGUCCGUGGAAUGAAUGGACAUGCGACGUUGCUGCUGAAAAUGGUCAUUUGAAAAUUCUCCAGUGGGCUCGGGCAAAUGGUUGUCCGUGGCAUGCAGGUACAUUUAGAGCUGCCAGCGUACGCAGCAGAAGCAAAGUGAUCCAGUGGCUACGUGACAAUGGCUGUCCUGGAUCUUUUUAACAUAAUUUAUUGUAAGGUUAGGAAUUUAGGAAUUGAAUCAAACACAUUAGACAUGCACAUGGUGCCCC